AUGUUUGCAUUGGCUAUUCUUGCAUCAUCAAGAGCCUCGCGCAUUUCAAAGAUCAAACCACAAUCAUCAAAGCGCAUCCCAUUUCCUCUGAUUCCAGUGUUAGGUGAAGAUGGAAUUCUCAAACCUGACUACAGACAUCUUUUCCGCCAUAUUGAGCUAAAUGCAGAAGAAUCAGCAUCUGAUGAUGACAACAUUCCAUUUCUCAUUCCUGCUUUCAAAUUUUUAGGCCCUAUAAUUGUUGAACAGUUAAUUAAGAGAAUUAUCCCCAAUUCGGAAACCAAUUCAAUAUUUCCGCCCCCUUACUAUCGCUUCAAUGCAGAAGAAGCAGUAAGUGAUGAUGAUGUUAACAGAAUUCUUGGAGGAAUUGUUCUUGGCCAUUUAUUGAGGAGAGGUCGCUCACACAAUUCAGAAUUCAAUUCGAUGUAUCAACUUCCUGAAUAUUUUACUAAUUCAGAAGAGGCAUUAGGUGAUGAUGACAACUUUCCAUGGGAUAAAAUCUUUCGGUUUGUUUUGAAGGGUAUAGGAAGAAAAGGAACUAAAUGGUUAUUUGAUCGAAUUGCUCCCCGUAAUUCUGAAGCUAAUCUUUAUCGCCCAUAUUAUCCACCAUAUCAUCCCCCAAUUAUUCCCCCAUGUUUUCCACCAUAUCAUCGCCCAAUUUCUCCAUUCAAACCAAUAUGGAAAAGCUACUAA